UGUAUUGUUUUGAACUACGGAAUACAUAUUGGUAUGGGUGCGCCGUCGAUGGGCCGAAUACUUUCUCCACCAAAGUCAACUGGUUCUGUUAAAGCCGCACUGGAGAAGAAAGCAGGAAUGGUAAGGUUUCGCAUUUUGUCUAACGAGGGCUUGUUCUGGACAGUGCUGAGCUUAAUUCUUUUGACUGAGGUGUUGUUGCUUAAUGGACGUAUUCUUCGUUUUGUAUUUUAUUUUGUAUUCCCUCUCGGUGCUCACGGGGCGUAUUUAUUGGAAAUGCCUCUUUUCAUCAUAGCAGUUUUUAAUGCUCUAACUUGCUUUGUUGUUGCUGCCAAAAGUAUUUUUUUGAACAGUAGUAAUAAGGCAGAGCUCAAUUCUCAACAGUUAAAGCUUUUGGGUUUAGAAGGCGAAGGUGAGUUGAAUCAAGAGAAAAGCUGUUUAGCAAAAGCUAAACCCUUUGAAGUGUUGUCGUUUUCAUCCCAGGAUAAUAAGGCAAAAAGUGAUCGAAAAUUUAGUUUAAGUUGGCUCUCAGCUCUUCAGUUCGGACUCUUACGAAACGCUUGGAAAUCUCGAUGGCGAGAUCAUUCUUACGACGCAUCAGGCCGUCGUAUUGUUCCUGACGAGAAGUCGCCUGUAUUUCUAAGUUCAUCCGGGUUUCGAUCAAGUCUUGAAACAGCUGCGCAGUCCAGAAGAUCUUUUAAUGAUGGAUACAGUUACUCAUUAGCUGCUGAGGUUGGAUCAAGAACAUCGCCUUACAGCAAACUAACCGCAUCCAUACAGACUACUAAACAACUGGAAAACUUGUUUGAAAACUCGUUGGUUUUUCCUCACAAUUACUUUGAAUAUUCUUUCAUUUUCUGCACAGGAAUUAGAUGUUUAUUAAGCACGAGUUCAUUGACGGUAUACCGUCUUAAAAGCAAAUUUAGGUCUGAGAUUGGUGUAACAUCAGUUAGUUCUGGGAACUCUUCCUUUUACACAUCGUUUGGUGGGCAAAGGAUGAGUGGUUUCAAUGCGGCGAGUCAGUAUCCAUUGCUUACUUCGGGAAGUGCUGGCUAUGAGCUUGGAACAUCCUUCGCAGAAGACGAUCAGUCGAAAAAUGUUAGUGACGAAAACGGAGUUAUUUCCCUGGUUACCGGGAGUCGUAUUAAAGUCUCUGCGAAUCGGGUUUCACUUUCACCUAUUCCUCUAAAUCUUCUGAAAGUCGCAACUGAUCUGACGGCAUCUGGGGACGAUGGAAUUGCAAGUAGAGAUAAAGAGGAAGGUGGUCGAAUUGUAGAUAGUAAAAAUGUUGAUGAGGAUUCCACAUACUUUCGAAUCGAACACAAUUCAGCUCGAAAAUCACCAAGAAAACUGUCUAGUAGGCUGUCGCUCAUUAGUGUUUCUCCUGUUUCGAAUGCUUCAUCUAGUCCAUUCUCAGGCGCUUUCGUUGUUUCGGAUAGUUCGCCACCUAGUAUCUUGGCAAAGCAAAUUUCGCUUAGUUCCGCCGAAAUUUUAAAUCAGUAUAAAAUGGAUGCUGAACAGUUUGUUAUUAGUGAAGGUUUAUUACGGUAUUGGAUUUGUGGAACGAUUAUUCGUCCCCUACUCAAAAGUAUUGACAAAAUGAACGAGAUCUUUUCUAAGGACUACCCGUUGCUCCACUUGAAAAUUGGUAAGUCGACCGUUCAGGCAUUACAAUCGGCUUUGUCAUCCAAAACGGAUUUGUUUAGCACACAGUUGCCUUAUUUAAUCCCAUACUUGAAAGUUCAUGAGAAGCAAGCGUAUAUUGUUAAGCGUGCUCAGAUUUUGGGUGCUGAUAUGUGUAUGAAAGAAUACAAUUGGCAAAGCGGUGGUGGCGAACCUUUUGAAGGAAAGGACAGAGAUACAUGUGGUUAUUCGCCAAAAGAAGGGCCAUGGGGCGAACAUUUGCCAACUGAUGCACAGUUAGUUUGGUCGUGGUUCUGCACAUAUCUUGAUGGCAGAAUGGCUGCAAAUUCUAUGGCAGGCGAUCUACAAACCCCUUUCUCAUCUGUUUAUUACUUGAAAAAGCCUAGUAAACCUUCGCCGGUCCAGUGUGCCCCUGACUCAUUUUAUAUUCAUCAGGUAAGCAUUCAUCCACCGCAAUUUGAACUCGUUGUAGAUGGUGGUCGCGAACGAUUUGAAAUGAGCAGAGGUCCAAAGAAUUUGUGGAGAACUAUAUUGCUUUUUCUUCAGCAUGCAUGCUUAUUUAAUAACAACCGUAUUGGUGAACUCGCAGUUGAUGAGACGGGUAUUAACAUUGCUUACAUUCUCCAGUAA